AUGAUAUACCACCAAUUAGGUACAUAUAAAUUUUGUGCUGAUCCCACCUGAUCGCUUUUGACGAAGUCUGUUUCAUACUUAUUGAAAUUAUUCCAAGUUUCUGUCUAAAAUUUAAAUAAAGAAAGCAUCUCAUAAUUUAUUGUAGCUUGAAAUUUAAAUCGUAAUUGAUCAUUACUAUUGGUACUGGUUGGCGCGUAGUAUAAUGUAUUUUAUUGUUACACUGUCGAGUUCAUGUAACAAAAUUUAAUUUUUCGGAAUAUUAAGAAUAAUUUUGACAAUUUUAUUUAGUAAAAUACAUGAAAAAAAGUUAGAUAAUGUCUCUAAUGAAUUGUAACCUUCAUCGCAUGUCAACUGCAUUUAGAGUUUUACAAAUGUCAAAAGUAUUUCAUCCUAACCUAUCCCGUUGCAAAUCAGAUAAUACAGUUGUAACUGUUGGUGACAUUUCGAAACAAGUGAAACCAGCACAAAAUCCUGAAUAUGUACCAAGGAAGUAUCUAUUGAAAACAACAACUCAAGAGUCAUUAAGGCAUUUAAAAUGGAUGCUCCAAAAGGAUACUUUAUCUCAAGAUAUUUUUCUAAUGGGAGGUCCGGGAACUAGAAGAAGAGAAUUAGCUCUAGCAUUUCUUGAACUCACUGACCAUGAAGUAGAAUUUAUUGCACUCUCAAGGGAUACGACUGAGGCAGAUUUAAAGCAAAGAAGAGAAAUUAAAUCUGGUACCGCUUAUUACCAUGACCAGAGUGCGGUGAGAGCUGCAACAAACGGCAGAGUUCUUAUCAUCGAAGGUGUUGAGAAAGCCGAAAGGAAUGUACUUCCUGUUCUAAAUAAUUUACUAGAAAAUCGUGAGAUGCAUUUAGAAGAUGGUAGAUUCCUCAUACCUGCGUCUCGUUAUGAUAAAUUACUGCAGCUACAUAGCCAAGCAGAACUGGAUGCUUGGAAACUGGUCAGAGUCAGCGAAGACUUCAGAGUUAUUGCAUUGGGUUUGCCGUCGCCACAGUAUCCUGGUCAUCCAUUGGAUCCACCUCUCAGAUCCAGGUUUCAAGGAAGACAUAUACCAACACCAAGUUACAGAGACCAGCUAGAAACAUUGAAGAGUUUAGCCCCGGGCGCUGACCCCGGGAAAUUAUCGCAAUUGUUGUCCUGCGCGCACGCUUUGGUCACAGAAGAGGCUGUAUCAUUAGGUCUGCCAGAUUUCCCCUUGGACAACUUAACGUCGGCUGCUGUAAUAAUGGACAAGUGUCCACACCUGCCGGUAUUCGAUAUAUUUUACAGGUUCUACCCGUAUAAACUGUUUUUGGGUAAAGAGGGCCAGACAGCCGUCGAGGAUAUACUGAGGACAUUCGAUAUCCUACAUUCGGCGACGAAGGACGCUGAACUGACGAGACGCGUGCACGUGAACGAGAAAAUGAAUAAUUCCGCGAGCGUUUCCAUACAGCACGGUAGCGUGGAAACAACGUUGAACGUCCCUUGCGGUACAAAUCCUGUUGCACGGGAGAGCAAUUACGUAGAAACGAAUUAUCAGAACAAUCUGCUGACCGGUUUGAUAGAGACGCACUUGGUUUCGGACUUGUGCCUGAUCGGUCCAAAGGGUUGUGGAAAAUCUACAACCGUGCAGACAUUUGCCGAUCUAAUGGGGUACCAGGUAGAACCGGUGGUUCUUUUUCAGGACAUGACUUCAAGGGACUUGAUUCAGCAACGAACAACAUUGGCGAACGGUGACACGGUCUGGAAAGAUUCGCCCUUGGUCGACGCUGCUUUGCACGGAAAAUUGGCAGUACUGGAUGGAAUUAACAGAAUCCAUCCGAGCACUUUAGCAAUACUACACAGACUGGUUCUUGACCGCGAGCUCCAGCUACACGAUGGCAAGAGAUUGAUCAGAGCAGACCAUUACGACGAGAUAAAAAAUGAAUACAACAAGUCAGACGAAGACAUGCAGAAUUCAGGAGUGCUACGCAUUCAUCCGUCCUUCAGAAUCGUGGCCUUGGCGGAGUCGCCGUUGAUCAACAACCCGUCAGGACAAUGGCUGAACUCGGAGCUACUCAGUUUGUUCCUCUUCCACGAGAUGAGGCCGCUUGCUAAAUCGGAGGAGCUGCAUAUCAUUCGAUCCAAGUUCGGCGAGCCGUCGGAAGCGUUGUUGAGCAUUUUAGAACUGGCACACGUGCUGCGAUCCUCCAACGAUCCUAUUCUGCAGUCUUUGGCGGCCUCGUUGAGCACCAGACAGCUUUUGAGGAUCGCGGAGAGAAUGUUAAAGUUUCGCAACGACGACGCUUACGACGCGGUGCAACGCGCGUGUUUAGCUCGUUUUUUGCCUGCGGUAGCUAAGAACGCUCUCGAAGACAGUUGCAAACGAAUCGGUAUAGUUCGAACGACAAGUAUUCCGAGUACAGAGAUGAAGUGUGAGGUGAUGGGAAACGCGGUGAAAAUUGGGAACACGGUCGUUGAUCGAUACGAAACGACCGCUCUAACGAAAGUGCCUGAUAUUUUGUUCUACGACGUGCCGCAGCACGUUGCUUUGCUGGAGAAGCUGCUGCAGGACUUUAGUUUAGGACAGCAUCUCCUGCUGGUCGGGAAUCAGGGUGUCGGCAAGAACAAAAUCGUUGACCGGUUUCUGCAACUCUUGAACAGACCGAGGGAGUACAUACAGUUGCACCGAGACACGACUGUUCAAACUUUGACCCUGCAGCCGAUGGUCCGGGACGGCAAAGUUGUGUACGAGGACUCACCGCUCGUACAGGCUGUUAAAUUGGGUCACGUGCUCGUCGUUGACGAGGCGGACAAAGCUCCCACCAAUGUCACCUGUAUCUUGAAGACGUUAGUGGAGUCUGGAGAAAUGAUAUUAUCUGAUGGUAGACGAAUCGUUCCCUCAACAAGCGUUGCCAGGCAAUAUGCAAAUGCAAUAGUGCUCCAUCCAGACUUCAGGAUGAUCGUACUGGCGAACAGGCCUGGCUUUCCAUUCUUGGGUAAUGAUUUUUUCGGAGCUAUGGGAGAUUUGUUCAGCACGCACGCAGUUGACAAUCCAAGUGUCGAGAGUGAGAUUCAGCUUUUAAAACAAUAUGGUCCAGGCGUGGAUGAAAGAAUAAUAUUAAAGCUGGUGAAAGCUUUUGGAGAGUUGCGGGAUAUGGCUGACCAAGGUUUGGUUUCAUAUCCGUAUUCCACUCGAGAAGUUGUUAAUAUUGUGAAGCAUUUAGAGAAAUUUCCCCAAGAACCUUUGGCUAACGUAGUGCAGAAUGUAUUCGAUUUCGAUCGAUAUAGCAAAGAGGUUUUCGAUACUCUAGUCUCCGUCCUACAUAAACAUGGGAUCGCGAUAGGAACUAGUCCUACUAAUAUUGCGUUAGCGAAAGAAAUAUCGUUCCCAGAAAACAAGACUAGAAUUAUUUGGGAAACUUUGGGAAAGCCAGAAUUAUUGCUUGUUCAAGAAAGAUACAUCAAGUUGAGAUCACCUGUACGAUUAAGACAAACCGAUUUGCCAUUAGACUGCAUUGAAGCUAGAUCAAAUUUGUUCAGCGAAUUGCAAAGGUAUUGGACGAUACCGAUUGGUGAUACUAGUGGGAUUGCAGGCUUGACAGUGGCUAAAGGCUCUAAAGACGAUGGCACAGAUGAUAAUAUUCAUAUCCUAGUAUCGAAUCCUUUGAGAAUCUUCAGCAUGCACCAGGAAUCGGAUAUGGUUCAGGAAACUAUGAUACAAGGUUUAAUAAAUGUGGAUAGUGCCAGGCCUGUGUAUAAUGUAACAACUGAUAAUGACCAAAAUGUUUUAGUGCAUGAAGAGAAUAGUAAUAGCUUGUUAAUGGUUAAUUUAAACAACCGAUCUGCUCAGCAACUGCAGUUAGUAUCGUUCUUUGACAUGGCAUCGGACAAAAUAUCGCACAGCUUUGGAGUCGGAAAGAAAAUUCUGUGGAAGAUGAAAAGUGAUUUGUUGCAGUCUCACGGCCAAAUUGUUUUCUACACUUAUAAUUCCAAUAAGAUAGAUGUGAUCAAUUUACAUUCGUCGAACGCCUACACGAUCAAUUUACCAUUCUAUUUAAACUCAGUUUUGGUUGCGUCCGACAAGAAAUGGAUGAUUCAGGAUAUGUCUGGAAAAAAAUACAUACUUAAGAAAUCUGUCGAUUCGUCUCCUUGUCCCAACGCUCUGCAAGAAUUAAACAGUCGAGAAACAGAGGAGGCUGGAGCAGAAGUUGGUUCGUUACAAGGUUGCACGAAAACUAACUUACACAUUAGUACAGUCACUGCAGCCUUACAACAGAAGAUUGAUGCUCCCAACAGACUGCUGGUGACCGACAACAUGUAUGCCGGAAUUGCUGUCGGAUUUCCUGAUCUGGACAGCUUUACCGAAUUUCAUUUCUGGCCAAGAAAACAGCAGAUCAGAAAUUCCAUUCCUCCUAUUCCUAUGGAAAAUGGACAAGUCGUUCGAGUCGUUGAAACUGGAGAAGUACCUAGUGAAAUCCUUUCAUCGAACGGCAGAGGCUAUGAAAUCUUCCACUAUUUAGAAGUGGCUGAUAUUACGGAUCGUAAGCUACGUUAUGUCCCCGUACCACAACCGAGCAAGGUAUCACAUAUGGUUGAAGUUUUGUUCGCUCACCAUCAUCCUGUCUACGCUGCGACAAAGUCGAAUCAUGAUUUGGUAACAGUCGACGCAGGUGGUUGUCUUCGCCUAUGGGAGACGUCUGUGGCAAACAUUGUAAAAUCAUUGGAUGAAUGGAGGAAGAUGGUCGGCAACGACAAUGAGAGAUUGCAAAUUACCAAAGAGAGGUAUUCCGGAUUGGACGUUAGUGGUCCGAAGCGUGGUAAAUUUGACGAGAAAAACGAGCCACACGUUGGAGGAAAUACGUGGGCUGGCGGAACUGGAGGCAGAGAUACAGCUGGCCUUGGCGGUAAAGGUGGACCCUAUCGUUUGGACGCUGGCCAUACAGUGCAUCAGCUUAGCGACCAGGAAAAGAACGCUGUGCCGGAUCAUAUAAAAAAAGCAGCACGGGAAAUGGGAUUAAAAGCAUUUAAACAACGCUUGAAGGACAUUAGAAUGAAGGAGUACGAUCAUGAGGUGUACUCGCGGUUCAGCGGCCCUGUGCAAAAGCAGGUUCAGGCCUUGAGAAAUAUAAUAGGAAGUCUGCAAGCUAAAAGCAAAGAACGAGAAUGGUGCAGGCAUCAAACCACAGGCGAAUUGGAUGAUACGAAGCUAAUAGAGGGUUUAACGGGAGAAAGAACGAUUUAUCGAAGAAGGGCGGAGAAGGAACCCGAACCUGGUACACUACCGUCGAAGCCAAAACGUUUGAAAUUAGUGGUCGAUGUAUCGGGUAGCAUGUACAGGUUUAACGGGUACGAUGGACGUCUCGAUAGAGAGAUGGAGGCCUGUGUUAUGGUAAUGGAAGCGUUCAGCGGGUACGAAGGGAAGUUUCAAUACGAUGUCGUUGGCCAUUCCGGAGAUGAAUACAACAUUGUUUUCGUAAAGCACACUCAACCUCCUACAGAUAAUAGACAAAGGCUGGGAGUGAUACAGAUGAUGCACGCGCAUUCGCAGUUUUGUAUGUCCGGCGAUCACACUCUGGAGGCAACACAGCAUGCAAUCGCAAGUCUCGCCAAGGAAGAUUCCGACGAGUCUAUAGUUGUUGUAUUGUCCGAUGCCAAUUUGGAGCGCUAUGGCAUACGUCCGGAGGCGUUUUCCAGAGUUCUAAUGUCGAAUCCGGACGUGAACGCCUACGCCAUAUUCAUUGGAUCUUUGGGUGAUCAAGCAGCAAGAUUGAUGCAGAAGAUGCCAUCAAGCCGAGCGUUCAUCUGUAUGGACCUUAGGGAUAUACCUCGAAUUUUACAGCAAAUAUUCGCAGUUUCUUUGCUAAGUACCACGAGACCCAAUUAGAGUACCGCUCUGGUAAAUCAAGUACCUGUGAAUAUUUGCAAUGAUGUGGAAGAAAACAGUGUAUGAUAGUGUACAUUUUACUUUUAAAUGCAUAUAUGGUUCGGAGAUAGUGUAAAUAUAAAUUUUUAACUCUAUCGAUCUUUUAAACGUUUUCUAUUAUAUAAAGAUGACAAGGUAUAUAACAUUAUGCUAAACUACAAAAAUUCCAUUUUUAUUUUAAACACGAGCAUAUUAAACUACAUGUUCGUUCGCAUGCUUUCAAUUAGUUCGUAAGAAAAUGUACAGAUGUGAAAAUAAAGUAAAAUCUGUAAUAAAGUU